CUCCCCGCGGUCCCUGGAAGCACGGUGUCCAGCACAGUAUGGAACACGGAAACACAGGAACUUUUCCUUACUCUUUCUCAGAUAAGGAAUCCAAAGCUCCAAGCAAGUAAGGGAUUUAUUUGGCCUCCCCCCAAAGUGUGCCCACGCAGCCCAUCUUCUGCUCCCUCUUGCAUUCUCAGAGAUGCCCUGCCUGCCAUCAAAGUAAGACUGUGAGUCAAGGCGGUGCAGUUAGACAGGGCAGGAAACCAACCCAAUACAAAACAGAGGUCUGCAAGGAUGAGGGACUUUGACCUUCGAGAGAAGCAAGAGUGACUCACAGGAGGAGGAGGAAACCAGAGCUCCCGCGCUGUCCCUCCUGAGCACAGAUAGUCCAAAGUCAUCAGAAGGAAGAGGAAAACCUGAAACGGAGCUGGCCAAGAGCUGCCAGAAGACCCAGGCAAGGAAGACCCGCCCACAACUGCCUGGAAAUCAGGCCAAAAGGAGUUAGAGCGCAGAGCACAUGCUGCACAGCCACCCUGGGGACUGGAGGAGGAAACUCUGAGGAAGCAGGACAUUCCUGCCAGGCCUCCCAACGUCUCAUCUGAGGAUGGCGGAGGGGCAGGGCCAGGAGCCUGAGUGCCCUGUCUGCUGGAACCCCUUCAACAACACAUUUCAUACCCCCAAAGUGCUGGACUGUUGUCACUCCUUCUGUGUGGAGUGCCUGGCCCACCUCAGCCUGGUGACUCCAGCCCGGCGGCGGCUGCUGUGUCCGCUCUGUCGCCAGCCCACUGUGCUGGCCUCUGGGCAGCCGGUCACGGACUUGCCCACGGACACUGCCGUGCUUACUCUGCUUCGCCUGGAGCCCCACCACGUCAUCCUGGAAGGCCACCAGCUCUGUCUCAAAGACCAGCCCAAGAGCCGCUACUUCCUGCGCCAGCCCCGCGUCUAUACACUUGAUCUAGGCCCUGAGCCUGGGAGCCAAACAGGGCCCCCCCCGGACAUGGGCCCUACCAGCAGGUCUCUGCCCAUUCCCAUCCCCAGCCACUACUCUCUGAGGGAGUGUUUCCGCAACCCUCAGUUCCGGAUCUUUGCUUACCUGAUGGCUGUUAUCCUCAGUGUCACUUUGUUGCUCAUCUUCUCCAUCUUUUGGACCAGGCAAUUCCUCUGGGGUGUGGGGUGAGUGCUGUUUCUGGACAAGGAACCAAGCCUUAAAAAAAAAAAAAAAAUUUUCCCCCCAAAUUCUUAUUAAGAAGGCUCCUCCAUUAAGAAGGAGCCCAACAUGGGGCCUGAACUCACAACCCCAAGAUCAAGACCAGAGUUAGCAAGAGUCAUACACUUACCCAGCUGAGCUACCCAAGAGCCCUGGAUCGAAGCCCUUCUUGACUACUGCUGGGGACGGGGACUGCCCAACCUCAUUUGGGGUUGUCUUCCUUGGUAGUAUUGCUCAUUUUUACAACGUAUCAGUCCACAUGUUUGCUUCUGGAAACAGAUUCCUAACUAUGAUGAGAACCUCUGAAAGCUAAAAGGCUGGGAAAAGAUGUGAAGAGACCUCUGGGUGUGAGCCACAGGGCCAAGGGCAGAGAAGCAGAUCUGUGAUUACAGGGCUAUGGAGCAAGUUGUGCCAAAAGGCUGGACCACGGUAUCCAGGAGCCCAACUAGCCCAGAGAGAAAGUUGCAUUUCUCAGUGGAGUUGCUUCGGACUCAGUUCACAUUUGAGUUGCUCCUUUUAUUAUGUGUUGCUAAAAUUUUGCAAAGUGAGCUUCAAUUCUGUGAGCAGAUGUGUAUGUGUAUGCCUUCUUUCAGUUUUCUCUUUGGAAGUCUUGCCACCAGUCCCAGGAAAAAAUGGUGUGGACUCAUGUAUUUGCGCACUUACUCAUUCAACCACCACUUACUUGGCCCGUCUGAGUCAGAACUAGGGGACACGAGGGGUGGGAUUAUCCAUGGGGGACAGCCUUUACCACGAAGGAGGGCAUGUUCACUCAGCGGCUUCUUGAACCAGACAACCUCUUGGUACGUGCUUUAUGGAGUGUUUAGAGUAUAAAAGUUUAAAGACGAAAAGAAA